GUGGACUGUGAUAGCGGGAUAACUGUCUCGUCAUUUCAAAUUGGGCUUAACUUUCUCCUGCGGGCUGCGGCCUUCAUUUUCUGGUUCGGCCCGCUCAGCCUUCUUCCACUAUUUCAGUCUGCUUCGGUGCUUAAAGAUGGCGUGUUUAACUGUCUCCCGCGAAGAAAAAUCAACAAUUUCCCAUCCUCCUCGAUAAUCUCAUCAUAACUGCACUAUACAUUUCUGCCGUCCACCGCCGUCUCCCGAAAAGAUGGAGAAAUCCGGCUACGGGCGGGACGGCAUUUACCGAUCACUCCGCCCGACGCUCGUCCUCCCCAAAGACCCAAACCUCUCCUUGGUCGAUUUCCUCUUCCGAAGCUUCAAUUCACACUCUCACAAGCCGGCUCUCCACGACGCCGAUUCCUCCCUCUCCCUCACCUUCUCCGACCUCAAAUCCACCGUCUCCAAGUUCGCCAACGGGAUCCGCCACCUGGGUAUCUCCAGAAACGACGUCGUCCUCAUCUUCGCCCCCAAUUCGUACCAGUUCCCAAUUUGUUUCCUCGCCGUCGCUUCGUUCGGCGCCGUCGCGACCACCGCGAACCCUCUCUACACCACCGCAGAGCUCGGGAAGCAGAUCAAGGACUCCAAUCCGAAGCUGAUCAUCACCGUUCCCGAAUUGUGGGAGAAGGUGAAGGGAUUUGACUUACCGGCCGUCUUUCUUGGGUCGCCGGAGCAACUACAACGAGAUGCUCUCCCGGUUGGAGUCAGAACCUUCCAUCAGGUGGUGGAGCUGGGUGGGUCGGUGGAUUACCCGGAGAUUAGGGUGAAGCAGAGCGAUACGGCGGCGCUUUUGUAUUCCUCGGGGACGACUGGGGUAAGCAAAGGUGUGGUUCUGACUCACCGGAAUUUCAUCGCGGCGGCGAUGAUGAUCACCAUGGAUCAGGAGGUGGCAGGGGAACCGGACAACGUUUACCUCUGCUUCUUGCCGAUGUUCCAUGUGUUUGGAUUGGCUGUCAUCACUUACGCGCAGCUGCAGCGAGGGAGUGCGGUGGUGACAAUGGCGAAAUUCGACUUGGAAAUGGUGUUGAAGGCUGUGGAGAGGUACAGAGUCACCCACAUGUGGGUUGUCCCGCCGGUGAUGCUUGCUCUGGCUAAACAGAGCUUGGUUAAGAAGUAUGAUCUGUCGUCGUUGAGGGAGGUUAGCUCUGGAGCAGCUCCAUUGGGGAAAGAUCUCAUGACGGAAUGUUCGAGGAAUCUCCCCAAUGUUGCAAUUUUUCAGGGAUAUGGAAUGACAGAAACUUGUGGGAUUGUUUCGGUGGAGAAUCCAAGGGUAGGGCCUAGGCAUUCUGGUUCAGCUGGAACAUUAGGUGCAGGGAUUGAGAGCAAAAUUGUUGGUGUAGAUACUGUGAUGCCUCUUCCUCCAAAUCAGCUUGGAGAAAUAUGGGUUCGAGGACCCAAUAUGAUGCAAGGUUAUUUCAACAAUCCACAGGCUACGAAGGAGACUAUAGACAAGAAGGGUUGGGUACAUACUGGAGAUCUCGGGUACUUCGACGAUAACGGACAGCUAUAUGUUGUGGACAGAAUCAAAGAGCUCAUCAAAUACAAAGGCUUUCAGGUUGCACCAGCUGAGUUAGAAGGACUGCUAGUUUCUCACCCUGAGAUACUAGACGCAGUUGUCAUCCCUUAUCCUGAUGCUGAAGCCGGUGAAGUCCCCGUUGCCUACGUGGUUCGCACUCCCAACAGUUCGCUGACCGAAGAAGAAGUUCAGAAAUUCAUUGCCAAUCAAGUGAGUUCAGUUACUUCAAGUGACUUUACACUGAAGUUCACAGCUUUUCCCUCCUUGCUUACUUGGGUUCUUGGGAUGUUGUUGCUUGCAGGUUGCACCUUUCAAAAGACUGAGGAAGGUGACAUUCAUCAGCACUGUGCCUAAAUCAGCUUCAGGGAAGAUCCUCAGAAGAGAACUCAUCCAGAAAGUAAGGUCCAAAAUAUGAGAGCUAGGGGUCAAAGUACCACUUGUGUUCACUGUAGAUACCAGGAGGAGAAGUGAAGUGGCAAAUGGCAGUUCAGAACAUUAGUUUGGUGUUCUAGUUGGUGGGUAUACUUUUAUAUACAUGGAAACAAAAGGAAGAACGAUUACUCUUUAAUUGUUUACAGAUGAAAAGAAACAUGAGUGUUGAUUGGAUCUUGUUCAUGAUCUAUGUCUGUCCACAGGCACACCUGCUGUAAUAAUUGAAGUUAGGGUUGGGUAGGUCAAUGGGACAUUCCACUGUGUGGUGUUUUAUGUGUAAAUCCAGAUUUGUAUGGAACAAUAUUCUGUUGUUUGGAC